GCACCUUUCAGCCGUUGACUCCAGCGGAAGGUUCUGCCGCCGCGCGCGCGCCUUCUCCGGACAUGUCCUUCCCUCAGCUGGGGUACCCCCAGUUCCUCGGCGCCUCUCAUGACUUGUACGGGAGCGAGCGGCCGGCUUCCGCCCGCGAGGCGGCCACGGAGGGAGGCGCGGGCUCCUCCGCGGCCGCCGCGGCCGUGGGAUCCGUGCUGGGGGUGUACGGAAGCCCCUGGGCUCAAAAUUAUAGUGCCUUCCUGCCAUACAGCGGAGCCGCGGACCUCGCGCUCCUGUCGCAAAUGAGCUCUCAGUACGAGCUGAAGGAGCCGGGCUCCCACGCGGCCCUGCCGGUCCACGCCGCGCAGAGCUUCUACCCUUACGGUCAGUAUCCGUACGGGGACCCCUCCCGCGCCAAAACGGCCACCAGGGAGACCACCAGCACUCUGAAGGCCUGGCUGCAGGAGCACCAGAAGAACCCUUACCCCACCAAAGGAGAGAAGAUCAUGCUGGCCAUCAUCACGAGGAUGACGCUCACGCAGGUUUCGACAUGGUUCGCAAACGCGCGCAGGCGCCUGAAAAAGGAGAAUAAAGUGACUUGGGGGCGCAGCGCCGAGGACCGGGACGGGCGCAUCUUCAGCAGCGACAACGAGGACGAGCACGAGCACGGCAAGAACGGCAGCGACGGAGAAGACGAGGAGGAGAUCGACCUGGAGACCGUCGACAUCGAGCAGAGCUCCGAGGCCGGCCUCCCGGUGGAAGAGCGGGCCUCGGAGAGCAACAGGACGCUUUCUGCGGAGGCGGCGGCCCCCCUGCCGCCCGCAGUCAAACUUCCCGCGGGUCACUCCCCCAGCGCACAGGAGUGUCAGAGACCCCCCCAGAGCAAACCUAAAAUCUGGUCUUUGGCGGAGACCGCCACGACCCCCGACAGCUCGCACAAACCCUCCGCGGCGGCCUUGGCGCAUCACGCGGCUUUGGCCUCCCCCGGCCACCCCGCCUUGUUGCCGGCUCAUGGAAUAUACACAUGUCAGAUCGGCAAGCUGCACAACUGGGCCAACACGGCUUUGCUGAAUGCCAACUCGAUUUUGAACAUGAGGUCCCUCCUGGGAGGGGCGCCCGGUGGCCACCUGUCUCUCCAGGGCGCGGUGCCGGCCGCGCGUCAUGACGCACGGCCCGCUGCGGCCGCUGCAGGAAACUCGGGGACGGAGGACGAGAGCGACGCGGAGUCGACGGGAAGCUUCAGUCCAAAAAGAGAUGAUGAGGAAAGCGACCACGGACCUGAACCCCUGAAGUCUCCAUUUCAGCUGAUCACUGACAGGUCUCAUCACGGAACAGCAUCACAGCGAGUCCUCACAACAACGUUAUGAGAAGAUCCUUAAAACCUAAAACACAGAAACAGAUUUUAUUUAAAGGAGAACGGUUCCAUGAAGGUUAUUUUUCUGAAGGGGCGUCCCGUGGCUUCACGGGGUCCCAGGUCUGCUCGUAUCUCUCCUUUACGUCUGCUAUGUUUUUAUCUUUUCCUGUCAACUCUUUCAAAGUGUAAAUACAGGCUAUGGAUUUGU